GAGAUUCUAUAUCUUUCACACAGUACAAGCUCCACCCCCAACAUGUUUAAAUCAUGUAUGGCCAUGAGCACACAUGCAGAGACGAGAGAGGGGGGAAACGCAAUGUUCUGUGUGGAUGUUAAAUCAGAUGGGAUAAGAACUUCGGCCAUUGUCUAAUUCUACCCCAGCUCCUCAAGCCUUUCGAUCUGCACCCUUAUCUGCCCCCUACUUUUUUAAAAAUAUAUAUAUAUUUCUGGUUUCUAUUCCUUAUUUAACUGCUGGAGAAAAGCUGCCUCUGCCUUUACUCCUUCCAAGAGCUCCGGGGAGGCCUUGAUGGUCCCUGAGGGGAAGACGGACGCAGAGGAGUCCGGCCUUCGUGCCGCAUUCACUCCUGGGGGGCUCAUUGCAAGAGCCAGUUGCCUUCCUGCAAGGCCUACCUAGAAGGGUGGUUUUUUAAAUAUAUAAAAUAAAUAAAUCAUCCAUAGGCCGCUCUAUUUUCUUGGGAGAGAAAAUGAACUGGGUUGGUGGCUCUCGGUGAGUGCAGCCAAAAGGGCCUCAUAACUGCUUGCCGCAGAAAUGAAGGCCUCUGACCUCAGGCAAAGGUUUUGUGAAAGAAUUGCUGCAAGACAGCUGGGAGCAUAUUAAGUUCCUCAAAUGCAGAUUUGCAAAUGUAGAUUUCCUUAAAUCAUUAUGUUACGCUUCCUCAAAUGUAGGUUUAGGUUUCUUUCAGUCGUUACAUUGCACUUAUUGUGGUUCUGGGGGCUGUAGGGCCACCAAAGCAGUACCACAAUAGAUAAACAACGAAGCGUUUAUUUUUGCAAAGGGAGGGCUUUGAAUUUUUGCCUGCUGUUUGAGGAGAAGAUGGCAGCCAUGUUGGAACUGAUCAGGGCAGGCUGGUAAAAGAAUCAUGCUCAGCAAGGAGAAAAGAAAGCAGAAGGACUUUUUCGAAAAAGAAAAGCUUAAAUCAAAGAUGAAGCUGUUGGGAAUUUCUCCCCUUAAAAGCUCAGCUGUCAGCUUAGAUCUCCUCAAUCUGUGUGUUGUUAAUCAGAUAUCUACCAAGAAAGAUUGUUCUGAAAAUGUUCGAAAAGCAGUUCAUGUGGAUAUUAACAGAGGAGUAAAAUUCCCACUGAGAAGACACAAUGUAGAACUUCCUGAGUCACCACAACAUAGGCAGUCUAAACCAUACCAAGAUGACACUGAGCACAGGAUACAACAGGAGGUAUUAGAAAACAGAAGAAAAUAUCUAUCAGAAAAGCAGAACAUUCAGUCCCAAUGCCUACAGUCUUCUCAGCCAGCAAAUACUGUGUGUGAAGAACCUUGGUUUUCAAAGGCUGCCUGCAGGCGAAGGAAUUUCAGUAACCCAGAUGUAGACACAGCUUCUGGUCUAUAUUUCCAGCAGUUGAAUAGUCCAGACUAUAGUAACCCACUUGGCAAGUCUCCCAAGGUCAGUGAUGACACAAAUUUCAGAAGCCAUCGCAAUGAAGAGCCAUUGUUUGGGUUUGUGAAUAACAUAUUAGAGGCUACCGCUGGUGAAAGCUCUCGACCCAUUGCAGCUUUCUUUGAAGAGGAGAAACAGCAGUUUCCAACUGCUCCUUCUUCCGAUUCCAGCCAUUCUUUCGGUAACAAAAGCAUCAUCGACCAGCUGUUUACCGAUUCAGCUAAUGCAAAUGAAAUAUCCAGAAUGCCUAGUCCUUAUGAUAUGGAAGAAAUGCACCAGAUGUCAAGUUGUGCUCACAGGUGCCCUGCUGAGAGAGACCUCAGAGGCAUUUUCACAGCUCCAGAGCAGAUUCUCUUCCCAAACAGCCAGAGCUUAAAUGCAAGCACCCAGGAGUCCAUUAAUCAGCCAAGAGAUUACUGUAUUCAAGAACGAAAGCCUGUAAUGUUUUCUGAACAGCAAGAGAAUGCUAAAAACUUUGGAAAUACAGUGGGAUUUGAAAGCCAAAAGAGAAAUAUCAAGGUAGCAGACAGCAUGCAAAAUUGCUUAGAGAAAAGCAGGAAGGCUGGAUGGGCAGAACAUAAUCUGAGUAACUUGCAGAUAUUUGGACUUGAACAGGAAGCCUGCAGUUACUAUGAUCAGCAUUCAAAGCAUGGAAAACAAAAAGAUGAAGAAUCUCAGCUAAGCAACCAGUCACCUAGUUAUUCUCCAAACCGAACAGAGAGCUAUGCCACUACUACAUCUGCUGAGUCUGAAGAGGAAGAGCAGGAUGGAAGAGCAUUGUCUUCCUUUGAGAACUCUUUUGCAAGAAAUGAUGGCAAUCCACUUCCAGUUUCAGGAAAUCAAAAGCUGCAGUGCAGUUGCCAGUCAGUGGCCAUGUAUUCCAUUUUCCUCGACAAGAAAACAACUGACAUUCACCCCCAGGCAAAACCAGCCAGGCCUCUGAAGGAAGAUAUGUUGCGCAGAGCUCAAACGCACAGAUCAUGUGAAAAGAAGCAUGCUAAUUUCAAGGCACAGCUCAACGCUUGGUCACAAACAGAGACACGUGCUGAAGAAAUAGAAAAAUCUGACGCAGCCGUGCAAUGCAAUAUAAUGCAGGCUUGCAGCUGUAAUAACGUGCCAUCCUCUGUCCAUAGUGCUGAAAUCACCACUUCCGCCAGCAAGACCACUGGAGGGCAGAACAUUCCUGCAGAUGAAAGCUGAAGCGCUGCUCUGAGCAGCACCCAUUCGUUGAGAGUUAAGAGUUUGUCUCUUGAAACAGUACAUGGCAAAAUAGACUUAGGCAUUCUGGAUUACAGUAAUAAAGGGGAGGCGUGUGAUUAAAUAAAGAAGUCAUAUCAAAUCAAUCUAUAUGCUUAUUAGCUGUUUAAUAAAUAUGGCAGAUUUGACCGAUUUAUUCUUUUUAAAGAACGUGGACACACAUAUUUGUCCUGCUCACAGUUAAAUCCCUUGGCCAUGAUCAAACAUAGGGUUAAAUGUACACUACAGUGAUUGUAACAGGCUUAAGCAUGGUUAAUUUAGUGUUAAUUGGAGCCAGUUUAUAUAAGGUGUGUUGCGUUGGGUGGCGACCUCUUUUGCACAGCUGUUUGCUCCUCCCCCCCCAAAAAAUUCAGUAUAUCCUUCUGUAGUAUACACAACUGAUAAGAACAUAUGGUAAAAGAAAUGUCUCUAUUUUAAUUCUGCCUUUUUCUUCCCGAAGGCAAUGGACCAAUUCAGAGGUAACAAGUUGCUUGGACAAACCAUGGUUUGUUGGUAGAUGAACAAGCUUGAACAAGCCCUCCUCUACCCCAUCCCUCAAUCUCCUCCAUGUGGUA